AUAUGUCUCUGAGCGAUAUUGGAUAGCCCUACUCUCUUCCGCAACUGCCCACGCGCAGAGCAAGCCCCGCUUCUGCGAAAAGCUGGGCAGACAAUGUUUGCUGGGGCGUGUCCGCACCUGUCCGCGUAGUAGCGCGCAUCAACGGCAUGGCGUGUGUUGAUUGGUUGGAACCCAUCUACCGCGCAUAUACCAGGCAACGAGAGCUGUUCCUCGAUUGCUGGAACACAAUUAUAGCCUGUCGCUUCCUGAUCGAUUCGAUGUUCGGCGCAUCGGGUCCGUAACGAAUGUCAGUCGUUGGAGUGAUGCGGAUGGGCUGACUUCGUUUUGGAGGAAGCUAGGCAUGCAGAGGAGUGAGACUAGGACGUGAUUGUCCUCAAGGAAAAGAAAGAGAAGGGCAUGCUCCGUGGGUAAAUAUCGCCGUGGUUCGGAUAGUGACUGGUUUCCGCUACUUGCAAAGUUACGCUUGACGCAAUGGCACCACCCGCGGGGAUCAAGCAGAACAUCUGAGAAAUAAAGCAUCGGCUUCAUGUGCUGGGUUCGAGGUCGCGAGUGUCACUGGGCAAGCACAGCAAAGUACUUCGCACCAAGACAGUCCAGCUCCAUGCUGGAUUGGGGCUCCGGACCCGUCGGUGGUUAUUAUGUACGCGAUCCGGGAAGCAAGAACUGGUUUCAGGUCUGCAGGGCCUUCGCAGGAGUUGCCUAGACUACAUUCGUUCCGGAUGAGGAAGCGUCAAUCGGCCUGAAGUAAAGAGCAGUAGCAGUAGCAUCGGCCGGGAACAGUGAGUGACAUGGAGUUUUUUUUCGUGGAUUCCGCAUCCGCAGGACACGAGCGGACAGGUUCGUUGCGUUUCGUUUCGUUUCCUCGGGGUCGGGGACUAUCGGACCGGAGGAAAAGCGGCCUCGAAGGGUGGAGCAGGGAAGGUGAGGAAGGUUAUAAGUAAGCACAGAGUGCAUGGCUCUUCGAAGCGUCUGAAAGCCAAGUGUUCGCGUCGACGGAUAGGUUGCCGAAUGCCACACAACUCUAAGGCUCCCGGUCGCAGCGCACAGAGACCGCUGUAAAGAAGUGUCCGCUGGAGGAUGAAACUGCUGUGGCGUCACAAUGAGACUGACAUAGGCAGCUAGAUUCACACCCACACAGACACAUAGUGCAAGGCACACCGCACGCGUCGAGGAUCCAGACCCUCCACCGGACGUGUGGAAUGCACCCACCGGUGAAACUAGACGCGACUCAGGCGAGGAACAGGCGCGACAGGUGACAGCUGAUGGGUUUCCCACGCUCUUUCUCCUCGCCCACUUCAUCCGAAUGAGGGAACGAUAAGCCCUUUCCUAGCGGUUGGACCGAGCGCGACGUCGACGUGAGUAAUUGUCACCCGCAAUGCGACCCGCAUGGAGCAUGUGUGUACGUCUGAGUAUAAAGCAGCCCGUACGCGGGCCCGAAUGUGACGGAUUCGUAGAAUCCAAGUCGUACAUUCGUUUCCUUCUUUCCCUCCUUCACUCACUCACUCCUUUAUCCCCGAGCCUCUGCGAUGCGUCCGCCCACCUCUCUCUCUCCACCGCCGUCUUCGCAGCCAAUGUCGCUGCCAGAAUUCGCGUCCCUUGUCGAACGCGCACUCGCCCUCGACGCGCCGGGACCUUCGCUCGUGCUUGGGUCCCCUCCUCCUUCUUCUUCUUCUUCUGCGGUCGGGCUUCUCGCAACUCUCUCCACCUCCAGCUACUCCGCAUCCGCAUCCUCCUCCUCCUCCCACACUGCGACACCCAUCAGUAAAUCACGCACCCUCUUGACGCGCCUGAAACAUCGCUUCACGCUCGCUGCCCGCCCAUCGUUUCGGCUCGGCUUCUUUUCCGCGUCCACUGCCUCUCUGAUUCUCAAAGCACCGGAGCCGGAAUCGGAUAGUGAGGGCUUCGUGCCGUACGUGCCGCUUGUGGUGGCAACGGAGCGAGUCCAUCCUGGGGCCUCCCUGUCGUCCUGCGACACCUCCACCUUCACCUCAUCAUCUUCCACCUCAUCCUCAUCCUCAGCACUGUCCUUCUCAUCGUCAGAAUCCGCGUCCGCGUGCGCAUCCGACACCUCGACCUUCUCAUUCUCAUCCUCCGCAUACAUGCUACCGAAACCACCCGUGAAGCGAUGGUCGUCGACCUCCUCUCCUCGCCAGCGUGCACGAAGCCUCCGGGCCGUCCCCUCGAUCUCAGCCCUCUCCCUAUUCACCCUCCCCGCGUCGUUCACCGCACCCUCGCCCUUGCCCCCGCCUCCACCGCCCAAGUGUGCACGGGACCUUCCUCCGAUCAGACCCGUGCCCGCCGGGCCGAUCCCAGAGCCGCCCCGUGCUCGGUGCAUGGAUGUAUGCGCGCCGGUCUGUGCGGUCCCGCCGCACCCGUAUUCCGCUGGCUACGCCGGGACGGUUUACGGGUUUCAUGACGACGGGGUUGUCGACGACGGCGGUGAUGACGACGAUCUCUCGGAGCCGCUGCUGCCCGAGAAAGAGGGUGACGUUUCCGGAGACGAGCAAGAUGACGCAGAUGGAGACGCGCGAUCGCUACUCUCUGCCCUGGACGCCUUCCCCACGCCCCCGGUCACGCCACCGCGGCGCCACCGCGCGUCAUCGCCGUUUCCGUUCAAGACCCCCCCACGCUUGGCUUCGUCGGCGGGGAGCGUCAUGUCGGGUGUUUCGGAUGAAACGUGGUAUACUGCGUGUGAAGGGCUGGACUCAGUGUGAGUUUCGGCAUAUCGCGAAAUCACGUUCGCGUGUAAAUCAACUCAACUCUCCACAUCUCUUGGGCGCGUUCCCCCCUCCUCUUCGUCCCCGUUAGCUUGCAUUAUAAAAUAACUUAAUAAGAGGACGCUCAGCUGUAAGAGCGAGCUCGCUCUGCUCUGCUAUUGUUUGUUGUACCUCACUGUACACACAGGUUACUCUACGUGCGGUCGCACUCUCGUACGUCGCAUUUCGCACAUCAUACUCUCCUUGAAUCACUUGUUGUAUGUAACACACAUUGAAUUGAAUCCUGUUGCGGUUUAUCAGCGCCUAGAUAGAGCUGCGGCGAUCUUUCGCACAGAAGCUCCUCAUCUUCGGGCUAUCUCGGAUGCUCUUGACUCAUGACCCCGGAAUCCGAAAUGAUCGUAGGGCGGCGCCGAAAAAAAUACACUAGACGAAGUCCGCACCGCGCUCAAGCCAUCGCUUGCUUGCUUGAAUUCCCGCCAUCUUCGGCAGCAGCAGCACCAGCCGCAGCCUCGCUCCGUUUGAUCGCAGCAGCGCUAUCCAACACUUAGGGUUCGAUUCGAAUUCAAAUGCAAAACUGCCGCCGCCGCCCGCGAAAGGACACGGGAGAGCCUAGAACGGCGCGCAUGCGGCUAGUGGGAUUCUUGAAAAGCAGCCCUGGGUUGAGAAGAGGCCGAUCAGAACAGUUGUGUCCUGCUGCUGCUGCUGCUGCUCCACCGACCCUGAUAGAAUGCUCUCGAGGAUCGCCGUGCUGCUCUUCCUCGUGGUGGGCAGGGCGUAUUCGGCACCGGUGGAUGCGAGUGUCGAUGCAUCUCCGCUAGCGACGUAUAGCGGGGACGGGACGUUCUACGUGCCUGGACUGGGUGCUUGCGGGCGAGUUAACCGGAGAGGGGACCUGAUUGUGGCAGUAGGACACGGCAUGUUCGAUUCCUACCCCGGCGCUUCGAAGGUCACGAAUCCCAAUCUAAACCCCAUUUGCGGUAAACGCCUCAAAGCCACCUGUGCGUCUCCUCUCCCGUCCGAAUUUCAUUAGGCUUGUUGGGAACACUCAUGCCUGCCUACAACCCCCAGAUCGCGGGAAAUCAGUCACCGUGACCGUGGAGGACCGUUGCGCAGGCUGUGCGGGUGCGGCCGAUCUAGAUUUCACGGAGGCUGGAUUCAGGAAGCUCGCGGCGCUGGGGGUGGGCCGGAUAGAGAACGUGCGGUGGAUCUGGGUUUGAGCACGCCACUGGUCAGGAUUCUUCAUGUUGGCUCGUGCGCAGAGCACAGCGAUGGUCGGAUACUGCUGGGAAUAGAUAGAAGAGUGCCGCGUAUAGUCAGACCAGAUUUCAUGAAUGAAUGCUCUGCGGAUGUGGAUCAA